AUGUCGCUAAAACAGGAAAUAGAGACCUGGGUCUCUGCCCUGGCGCAGUAUGACAAUAGCGAGUUCGAUGCUGCGUUGCAGGAGUUCGAAAAGAUUGCCGACACCUCCAAGAUCCUCUUCAAUAUGGGCGUUAUUCAUGCGACACUGGGUCAACACGAGCAAGCUGUCGAGUGCUAUCAACGAGCGAUCCGGCUCGAUCAGUACCUAGCUGUCGCAUACUUUCAACAGGGUGUUUCCAACUUCUUGCUUGGCGACUUCGAGGAAGCAUUGGCCAAUUUCAACGACACACUUCUAUAUCUUCGAGGCAACCAAGUCAUCGACUAUGCGCAGCUGGGCCUUCUCUUCAAACUUUACUCAUGUGAAGUCCUCUUCAACCGUGGUCUUUGCUACAUCUACCUUCAACAAAUCGAAGCUGGUAUGCAGGAUUUGUCGUAUGCGGCCAAGGAGAAGGUGGUUGAGGACCAUAAUGUGAUCGAUGAAGCGAUCAAGGAGAACGCAGAGGGCUACACCGUUUUCUCUAUCCCAGUGGGCGUCGUCUACCGACCAAACGAAGCGAAAGUGCGAAACCUAAAGACCAAAGACUAUCUUGGCAAAGCCCGCCUAGUGGCAACAUCAGAUGCGAACAAUGCAUUCACUGGUUUUGCUGGUGCUGAAAUCAAGAAUGCCGGGAAACUUGAGGUGAAGGAUGAUAGGCCAGUCGAGUCUCUGUCUUUCGCCGCUACCAACCUCGUCAAGCCUGGGCUACAGAGCAGAAGGCAACAGUCGGAGCCCCCGACCAACCGAAGCAUGUUCCCGCCGACACCGCCCCCCGAGAAUGAAAAGUCGCAGAUGAGCCGCGGUGCUUCUGUCCGAAACGGACCCAAACCCAUGCCGGCUAGGCUUAACCUCGAUAAAGUCCGACCGAGUGAUCGCUACGAAAAGACGUCGCCAGAAGAGCCCUCUAGGCGGCCUUCUCGCGCAGCAUCGGCCACCCCAUCCCGAGGUUUCUCCCAACGCGAACAGCUCCCGCCGCCAAGAAUGAGACGGUCUCAACAGGAGGAGGAGGACAGUUACCCGAGCGAAUUAUACGAUAUGUACGGCGGCCCCGGCCCCAACCGAAACAGCCGCGGACAGAGGAGCAACCGAAGCGCCCCGCGAUACAUCCAGGAAGAAGACGAUGAGAGCGACUACGACGUUUCCUUCGAUGAGGCUGAAUUUGAGAUGGUAUCUGGUCGUAGGCCCAGUCUCAGCACGGUUCGAAGCUCCGGAGGACGCGGUUCUUCUAGGCGGCCUGAACUUCGCAGCAUCCGUGUCAAGGUGCAUGCUGGUGAUGUUCGCUACAUCAUGGUCGGAACUGCCAUUGAGUUCCCCGACUUUGAGGAGAAGAUCAGGAGCAAGUUUGGGAUUCGCCGCCGCAUCAAGAUCAAAAUCAAGGAUGACGACUCGCCAGAUGGUGAUAUGAUCACGGUGGGCGACCAAGACGAUCUUGACAUGCUCAUUCAGACAGUCAAGCAAAAUGCAAGGAAACAAAGGUUGGAGACCGGGAAGAUGGAGGUCUGGGUCCAGGAGAUAUAG